GAAGUGCCAUCAUGGCUGAAAGGCACCUUACUUCGAAAUGGUCCAGGCAUGUUCAAAAUUGGCGAUACCGAAUACAAACAUUGGUUCGAUGGUAUGGCAUACAUACAGCGCUAUCAUUUUGUGGAUGGAAAGAUGUACUACUCAGCUCGAUUUUUGGAAAGCGAUGACUAUAAGAACAAUAUGAGAGCCAAGCGUAUCAUCGCAGGUUCGUUUGGAACACGAACAUUUCCGGAUCCGUGCAAGACACUGUUUGAAAGGUACGAAAGGUGCAAAACUUAG